GCAAAUGUCGAUGUGCGAGAUUUUGUUGCACUGAGGGCUGGCCUUUGCUCCGUGUUAACACGGGAGCUCGCGCCAUGGCGCAGUGCAGUCAAUCGGCAGCGCAGUUUGUGCGGGGAGCGUUCCGGCCGCGCGUGGCCGUCAUGACCUCGCCCGAGGCCGAUGCCGUCUGCAUGCGGAACGACCUGACGCUGACGGAGCUGCUGCAGCCCUUCUGCCAGCUCAACACGGAUGUGCAGUACCGGGACCCGCUGGGGACGCAGGUGACCGUGCGCGAGCUGCACCUCUGGCUGGACGACUGGAGCCUGUCGGCACCGCCGCCGGCCCACCAGGCCAAGCGCCAGCUCUCCGACGCCGUCUCCCAGAGCCAGCUGCCGCUGCCGGAGGACGGCUCGGUGCGGCCCAACACGCCGUGGUUCGAGUCCUGGCGAGACCGCUUCCUGCAGGUGGAGCCGGCCGGGGAGCACGAGUUCGUGCGCCGCUACGUGGCCUGCCUGCUGGCUGUGAGUAGCGGGGCGGCGGCGCCGCUGCAGCAGCUGCAGCAGCUGGUGCAGCAGCAGCACCAAUGA